AAUCGAAAGCCGCCGCCGUCGACAUCGCCGUCGGGAACUCGGCGGCACCGCGUCAGUUCGCUCGCGUCGGUCACCCCGGUAUCGUCGCCUGCGUUCCGCGUUCGAAUUUAACACGAGCGUACGUACGUUUUUCGCGAACGUUUUGCCGAUCGCGAUUUUUCGGUUUUACGAGUUUCAUCGCGAGAUACGUUUUUUUUUUUUUUUGUUUUAAGUCUCGUCCGGCCGAACGAUUACGCGUCGCGACCGUACACGCAAAUGUGCGUACGCCUUACGUGCAGGCAAUUAUUGUGCGGUGCUGGUGCAAUACCCAAUAUAAGUGUAAACCGCGAAUAAAUUUAGUCGUGUGCAGAACGCGUGUCACGCGGGGAGUGCAGUGCUGCGGGAAUCGUGUCCCGCCACCCUCCCGCGCGCCAGGUGUUUGUGCGGAUUCUUAAGAGAAAACAAUAUUUUCGAGUGUUUUUUUAUUUUUUUGUUUCACGUGUCGGUGCCGUCAAAAUGAUGAUGCUGUCCUGCGUGCUGAUGGUGUUGGUGUACACGGCGGAUAAAACAGGUAAAUAAUAAACGUUUAACGUACGAGUAUUUUGAAGAAAUAAAUCAAGUUUAAUACUGUCAUAAUAAAUAUAACUCUAAAACGAUGAGCGAAAGGUGUUCGUACCAGAGUCAUGGGGGAAAUGACAAGAACGGCGCUGGCGGCAGCGGGCGUGACGUCAACGCCGUGAAACCGGACGCCAACCAAUACUCUGGGCCGCAAUUCGACCCGGAAACGCCCAGGAACGUGACGGCGCUGGAGGGAAAAUCUGCGUAUUUGACAUGCAAAGUCAAGAAUUUGGAUAACAAAACGGUGUCAUGGAUAAGGCACAGGGACAUACAUAUACUGACAGUGGGCGCGUACACAUACACCAGUGACCAGCGAUUCCAGGCCAUUCACCACAGGUCGCAUUCGGACCAAUGGACGUUGCACAUAAAAUGGGCUCAAAAGAGAGACGCUGGCAUUUACGAGUGCCAAGUAAGCACGCAACCGGUGAGGAGCAUAUUCGUCACGCUAAACGUCGUUGACGAUAAACCACCACCAUCAGAGAGCGACGAUAGUUUACUAGACAUGAUGAUAAGAGACGGAGACUUUACAAAAGUGCCAUCUGCUUCGAUUUCUGGUGGUCCAGACAUUCACGUGAACGAAGGGAGUACCAUUAAUUUGACGUGCAUUGUGAAGUUCAGCCCGGAACCGCCGUCUUAUAUCUUCUGGUAUCAUUACGACGAGGUGAUCAGCUACGAUUCACUUCGUGGAGGUGUGAGCGUAGUUACAGAAAAAGGAGACGUGACGGUCAGUUACCUGCUAAUACAGGAUGCAGUGCCAGCAGAUUCUGGCAAAUAUACGUGCAACCCAUCGAAUGCGGACUUAUCCAGCGUAGUCGUACACGUCCUAAAUGGCGAAAGUCCUGCGGCCAUGCAGACCGGUUCAGCUGGCUUAUCCAACAGUUCCAUUACGAUACUGUGUGUGAUGAUCCUGAGCUGGACGUUUACUAGGACCGACGAUCAGUUGAGAUAAUAAAUACGCGCCUGCCUCUCGUAUCUGCUCCUCUUCAGCAACAAUUACUCUAAUAAUAUAAAUUAUAUUAUUAUAUAAAAUUUACAUUUAAUUGAAAGCUAUAAUGAUGAUAACCAAAUUUUAAAAAAUAAGUACGAAAACGGAAACAACUUAAGAGCGAAAAAACACGCGUGCGUGGCCGAAUGUGAUGUAUUACCUCACUAUUCGACUAACCACGAGUACCUAUAUACCACGGUAUAUUACACGAUAUCGAAUGGCACUUAACAUCAGAUUCAUUACGUUAUAAUAUUAUGUUAAAUAUGACUUAUACGACAGAUCACCGUCGUCAGAAGAGGCAUGCUCGUGUUAUUUCCUUUUUAUUUUAGAAAAUAAUGUGUAAAUAUUAUUACUACGGUAAUAAAAUUAUUAUAAACGUUGUACAGGAUUUUUUUUAUAUAUUAUUAUCCACUACUUUGUCAUCAAUCGCGCAUUCAGUGUAUGGAUAAUAUUAUUAUUGUUAUAUAAAUGUCGCUUAAACACGAUGAGCUGGUUUGUUUACCGAAAAGUCAUUGUAAAACACUGGAAAACACUCGUGUUUUUGUUUUUGUUUUUUUUUUUACAAAUUGUUGCUCUGUACAUAAUACUAUAUACAUAUAACUAUCCAAAUUCUCGUACAAUAAUAUGCACUCCCCGGUUUUCGACGCGUAUUCGUUUUGUUAUCGCGUCGCCGUAAAUUGUUUAAUAGUAAUUAAUGUCUGGUCGUUUGUUGUAAAAAAAAAAAAGUGUUUUAUUUUUGUACGCAGCAUAUUACGUUGUAUUGCCGAUUAAACACGCCCGAACAGAAACAUCAUACCCACAAAAACGAACGAAAAUCGAAAAGGGGUAAUCUCACCCUAUUUCGGAGCAUAGCUAUACAGCAUGUAAUGUUAUAAAUUGUACCAAAUCUUCACUGUAAAUUAUGGGCGCAAUUAGGAAAUGAAGAGGGGGAAUCCGAUCAGCCUUUUCGAAUGUUAUACAAUAAAGGUAUACUGAGUAUAGAUUUAUAUACACCCAAUACAAGCUAUAUAUUUUACAAUAUAUCUAUAAUACUACACUAUUCUAAAAUGAUUCAUCUGUUGCUUGGCACUUGGCUUUUGAUCUAUAUCGUCUGGUAUUACUCAAUGUGUCUGCUUAUUUUAGAUUUAUAUUUAAUGAAAUUCUGUGAACUAUAGUUAAAUAUAAGAGUUAACUAUAACUUUUAAAUUUUAAUUCGUUAUGUAACACCCAAAUAUAGGAUCUAAGAAAUCAGAAAAGUAAAUUACAACGGAAUAAUGCGAUGUAUUGACUAUCGAUUGGAUAUUAUUCUUGCAGUAAGCAUUGGAAAUUUGGAAGUCAUGUACACGAUUGAAGAUAUUGUAUGUAUACCAUAAACUAAAUUUAAAAUAUUAUGAUUUUAUUAAUUUUAGUAAUUAUUACUUUCUAAGUCUAAAAAUUUAAAUCAUAUAAUAAUCUGAAACCAGAUAAAUCAUUUUUAUUAAUCUAGUAUUUACACACACUUAACUGUAAAUGUUAAAAAUGUUUAAAGUGCAUCAUUUAUGAAAGAAAAACCUCGAACAGAGAGAAAGAUAGAUAGAGAGAGAGAGAGAGAAAAGAACCACUACUACUAUAUUUAUUAUCACUGCAUCGGCAUUAUACUCGUACAAAUCACAACUUGAGCUGUCUGUUUAAAUUUUACGUCCCGUCAAAUUUUCUUAUAUUUUUUCUUUUUGAAUUUAUUUUAACGCAUUUCCUGUGAUGCGUGGACCUGCAGCAUCAAAUUACACCGGACAAUGGCGAUAUAAUUAUAAUUAUUAUUAUUGACGCUUGUUUGCGCGCGUACAGAUUACUACGCGUUACGCUCGGGACAUUGUAUACAUAAAAGCUGGGUGAAACAACGUUCCAGUUGAAGGAGAGGGUAAAAAAUUAACCAUUCGUGACGGUUUGGUACCGAUAAAUUAACGAUAUUUUAAUACGCGUAAUAUCAUAAUACUAUACGAGCCGUUACGGUUGGGAUUCGAAACGUGUGUAUCGUAUAUAAUUUAAUGCUAUAUACACUUUACAAGAUGUAUAUGGAAUAAUAAUAAUUAUUACAAUACUAUUGUCGUAAUAUGUUUUUGUUUUGUUGUCAACAUUGAUAUUAUUAUAAAAAGCGUCAUUGAUUACGAUACGAUAACUGAAAAUAGUGAUAGAGUUUUAGCGAACCCAUUUUUUAGGCUUCAGCCCAGCCGAUGACAACCACCAUCUAAACGUUGGUAAACAAUUCUUUAGAACAGGCACGUUUAGUCGACUUCAUUAUUCAAUUCCUAUAUAAUAUAAUGUAUUAUGUAUAUUGUGAACAGCUGGUACCUAUUUAAGACUUUUUUCUAUUCAAAUCGUGUUUACGUGUUUAUUAAACAUUAUGCAUAGUUAGAUCGAUUCGCUUUUUAUCUCUGAUCAUUAUUAUUUUAAAAUGCCUAAAAACUUGUUUCAAAGCGCGAUUUUUACACAAUGUAUAAUAUUAUAAUAAUAUGGUGUCUAUAAGUAUACCUCAUAUACCUUUAUUUAACAUUGUAAAGCUCUAUUAUUAUUUUAAAUAUUUAUAAAUUGGACUUUUUACUUCAUUUUUUUUCCUUACGAUUGUUCUAUUCUUGGCAUACUUUUUUCGAAACUCGAUAAAUAUAUUCAAGUUUUUAUAUAUAUAUAAGAUAAAUAAAUAACUAAAAAAAUGUUAUUCUAUCGUAAAAAAAAUAUUUCAAAGGGAAAACUCCCAAGUAGCCUUUUAUUAAUGAAUACAUUUUAAUUUAUUACAUUUGUAUGCCAAAAUUGCUCUUUUAAUUCUGACUUUAACGUCAACGAAUAAACAUUAAAACAAAUCAUUUCAAUAUUAAUAACAUUAUGAGUUUUUAAAAAAAUACACCCUCUGAAAGUAUAAUUUAUAUGUAGUAUUCAUUCUUGUUUUACUUUAUAAUGAAAUCUGUGUAUACCACUAAACACUACGGUGAUAAUAACGCUUCAGAAAAUUUAAUACACAAAAUUAUACUAAAAAAAAAUCUACACACCGGAAAAUUGAAUGAGUUAAAUCAACCAUAACGUUGCGUAGAUAAAUGAUUUUAUAAUCGAUUAAAACCCCAUUAGAUGUUAUGACCUUUAUAAAAAUGUCCAUUUACGUCAUAUAUGUAGCAUAAUAAUACUAUAAUACCAUAUAUAAAGUACAUAUAAGUAGUGUUUUUCUUUUUUUACAAUUAAGAAUACACAACUCUAUCCUGUUAUAGUAUAUGAUACACGGAAGUUGACUUAUAAUAUACAACACGACGUUGUUAUUGCGGUUAUUUAUAAAGAUCUGAACAGAUUAUCAUUGCGAUAAUCGUAUUGAUGAUUAAAAAUAAGUAAAUUGAUUGUGUUCUCUCAUUCGACCGAUAAAGCGAUUUUUUUAUUUUCUCAAGCCACGUUAUCUAAUCAUAAAAAAACCGAAUUCAAUCACAGCAAGGGAUUUCAUCGAGAGAUGUUUUGUGGUCAAUUCGUGUGUUGCUGGUAUAUUGCUUACAGAGCGUCAUCGUAAAUCUUUUGAAAACAACUAAAUUGCAACCAAUUGUAUACACAAUAAUAUUACCGUGAGUAUAAUACGCGUUUAUACUCAUAUAAAACUGCCAUCUGUAUGAGAAAUGAAAAAUGUAUUUGUCAUCCAUGAUCACUUAAUGCGUUUGUUUUCUUAGCCUGCAAUUUAUAUUAAUGAUAUAAAAGUAAUAAAAAAAUAUUUGUUUGUUUACGUAUUUAAAUGCAUUAAUUGCUUAUCAUGUAAUUGGCACUUCAAUUUUUAUUUUUUACGAUUUCUUGUAAUAAAUAUAUUUUUCAAUGACAUUCAUAUUAUUAUAUAAUUUAAGUUUUUGAAACAGAACAUACAUUUAUAAAAAUAUCACUGUGAUGGCAAAGUUUCUUAUUUAUGAAUAUAAUAUAUUAUUAAAGGUUAUAGAUAAACCAGCAGCUCGGCAUUUUGGAUUCUACUGAAAUCGAAAUACGUGUUAUUAAAUAAAAAGAAAUUAUAACCCAAAAACAUUGUGAACAUUUUGAUUUUUUUUCUCAGAAAUAGUGCCGUAAUUAGUUUUAGAUUUGAUAACCAAAUACAAAUAAAAAUAUUUAUUGACAUUUUCAAGAUGAAAUUAAUUCUAAAGAGUCACUAGUAAAAUAAUAUUAUGUAAUAACACACAACUCCACAAGAUAGUUAAAACUCUAAGAUAUCAAAUCAAAGAAAUAAAGUAUUAAUCAUGUAACUAAUGAACUAUUGUCUCAGAAAUCACUAAAGAGAACGUCUUUAAAUGUCGAUAUUUAUAAAUUUCGAACUAUAAUUGUCCGACACGUGUGUUUAAAAAAAAAUGCAUAUCUAUCGCGAACGAAUACAAUAUUAUUCUAUUAUACAGGUAGUGUUUUGACGAUUAUUAUUCUUUUAUCUUGAAAAAAAAAAUGCUCAAUAACAAUCGUAUAACUUAUUUUAUAUCCGAUUAGUGUGAUCUUAACGAAAAAAUUCCCCUUCAUAGUCUGCAAUAGAAUUCAGACGGAUGAAGAGACGAUGAGGCGUGCAAUGUCAUACAAUUAAAUGUAACGUUAUAUGGCGGCUUGUCCGGAACGCAUUUAGUCGUAUAAUACGUCUUAAAGAAAAUGUCAUAUCAUUACACGCUGUACGUCGGAUUUUCUUUUUUCUAGUUUUCAGACGCUUUUACUAUUGCAACACUCUUCUAUCGUUUUCGUGUCCCGCCCGAGACAAACCCGUUUCCACAUUUAUUCCAGUCGACCGCAUCGCGAACCGUCUUAUCUCGUCUUCGCGACGAACCAACUGAGUGGAGAUGACUUUCAGUCCACCUAACCUACCCUUGAAAAAUCGCAAUACAUUUUCUGAACUUCAUUACGACAUUGACGACACACUAUUUCGGCGCCGUAACAAUUAUACCACACGACGUAUCUACGCAAAAAAGGUCAACAUUUAGUUGAAAAAUUUAAUUUUUGAAAAACAUAUACGUAUAAUAGCUACGAAUAUAAUCACUAUAAUCACCUAGUCAUGCAUCUAUCGAUAAAUCAAACAAUCGUAUACGAUUUGAUAACCGUGUGGACCUGUAAUAAAAUAUAAUAAUUUUUCUAAGCCGUUCAAUAAUAUAAAAUUUAAAAAUAAAAACAAUUAGCUUGCGGGCCGAUUUGGUGAAACACCCUGUACAGCUAUAUCAUAUCUACAGUCUGUAGCGUGCAUUUACUCUCUGAUAAGAUCUUUGAAUACUAUUAAUUUGAAAGCUCGGGGACAAUAAAAAAAAAACAGCAUCACAAAAUAACGUCGUUGUCCGUUUUUCUAAGGGUAUAUUAAAAUAUAAUUUUUUUUUCCUUUUUUUCGCUCCCGCUUACCACCGAGAUGGCGAACUUGGAUAAAAAGCGAAAAUUACAUUCAAGUGAACUCGCCCGGCUGCCGCGGGAUGUUUAAAAAAACAGGUUGUGACAUGAGAUAAGAUAACCCGGUCCCCCGCCUUCUUACCAACAAAGAAAUCCACCCGAUUUCGCUGGUUUCUUAUCGGCGGUCGUAUUGUUGCUCCGACGAAGAAAAAAAAUUUCCGUAUGCAAUCAUAACUCAUAACGUCUAACUUACCGAGUUCGUGUAUGAAUUAAUAUUAUAAUAUACAUGCGUACCUGCGCAUAGUCACCGGCCGAAUGACAGAAUACCCAUUAUCGUUGUUCCGUUUCGCCCGCGCAUCUCGGUAUAUAAUUUGUAUAUAAUGUUGUUAUGUUCGAAAUAAUAUUAUAUAUUCCUCAAACUCAAAUCUAAAAAACAUUAACAUACAUAUACGUGCCCUAUAUUAUGCUGGAUCGUUCUUCCCCCUUCGAGCGCAAAAUGUCGGUUCGUAAUAUUAUAUAUUAACAUUAUAAGGUAGGUAUGUAAAUAUUAUUGUUUGUUGUUUUUUCUUUAAUUUUUCAAAUUUUAUUUCGAGAUUUGUUUUUAUAUUUUAUUUAUGACUUAUAAGUCUGAAUGUUUGUUAAAUACCAACUCUUGUAGAAUAAUAUAAAAUAUAGUAAUUGUUUCCUCGUAUAGAAAAUCAAAAUUUAUCGUUUUUAAAUUUAAUGGUUUAUUAUUAUUAUAUACUGUUCUGUAUUAUAUAUAUUAAAUUUUACACUAUAUUAUAAUAUUAUAUUAUACGAUUUGUGUAAUAUAAUAUAAAUUAUUAUUAUUAUUAUUAUUAUUAUUAUUAUUAUAACUAUAUAUUACAAUAUAUUUAUAUAUUGAUUUUAUGUACUAUUUAGCAGCUCGUUUGAAUAUAAUGUUUUUAAAUAAUUAUGUUCAAUAUACUAUUAUUAAUAAUAUGUUAAUUAUAAUAUUAUAUAAAAAAAAAAAAAACAAAAUAUGUAAAAUGCUUAGAUAUAUAAUCCACACGUAUUAUUUCGGAUUACCACACUACAUUUUUCCGUGUAAAUUUUAUAUUAUAAUAUUGUAAACAAUAUAUAAUAUAAUAUGACAUGGCUAUUAUCUAUGUAAACAUAUUGUGAAUAAAUACAUGUACAUAUUAUAUACAUUAUA